GAGUGAAGUAAAAGAAUUGGAAGAAGAUGGUAACUGUGAUCAUCCCAGAGAAUCUGCCAGUUGGAUACAGAUUCCACCCAACUGAUGAGGAAUUGGUUGAUCAUUACUUGAAGCUGAAAGUGCUCGGAUUCAUAGACAACAUCUGCAUCAUUCCUGAGGUUGAUAUCUGCAAGUGGGAGCCUUGGGAAUUAGCACAAAGAUUUAAGGAACAAUCAGUCAUUCCUUCUGAUGACAAAGUUCAAGAGUGGUGGUUCUUCUGUCCACAAAUGCAACGAAUUCAAAGAUCGACUUGUCUGGGGUAUUGGAAGAAGACUGGUGUUGAUAGGACUAUCAAGGCAAGAGACAAGAACAGAGCAAUUGGUACUAAGAAAACAUUGGUCUUUCAUGAAGGUCGGAGCUCUAAGGGCAUGAAGACCAACUGGGUUGUACACGAAUAUCAUUUACUGACCGACAAUCUGGAUGAACUGUUUCCAUACAGUCAGACCAAUAAUUACGUCCUCUGCCGCUUAAAGCACAAAGGAAAUGAGAAGUCCGACAUAUCAUCCUUACAAUUAAAGGGUGGAGCCAUUAGCUUGAUUGACUUGGAUUCAGACCUUCAUCAACCUGAACACAACUCAUUUCCAGACCCUUGGAUUCAGGCAAUGGGAAAUUCAUCGAUUAACUUAAUUGACUUGGAUUCAGACCUCCAUCAACCUGAACAUGAGUACUCGUUUCCGGAACCUUGGAUUCAGGCAGUGGGAAACUCACCGAUUGGCUUGGUCAACUUGGAUUCAGACCUUCAUCAACCUGAACACGAGAACUCUACUGAGGAUUCUUGGAUUCAGGCAGUGGGAAACUCACUGAUUAGCUCGGUUGACUUGCACUCAGACCUUCAGCAACCUGAACAUGGGAACUCGUUUUCAGAAGCAACAACAUGGGUUGACGAGCCUACACAUAUCAGGAGUCCAACUUUUGCAGACUUCUCAGUGGACAAUGGAGUUGCUUUUACUGAUGAAUCCGACCAGUUGCAAUUUGACUACUUUGACAUUGAUCAAAUGCAAACAAUGGAGCUUACACACAUCAGAAGUUCAUCUUUUGCAGAUUUCUCAGUGGACAAUGGAGUUGCUAUUACUGAUGAACCCAACCAGUUGCAAUUUGACUACUUUGACAGUGAUCAAAUGCAAACACAGUAUGGUGCAAUGCAUAGCUCAGAUGAUGAACUUGCUGUUCUGAUGAAGAGUUGGCAAACACAAACAAUCAAAUCACUGUAUGGUGUGAUUCCACUAGAUGAAAAGAAAGGCUUCAUUGAGAAUAAGUUCAAUGGGUUACAUAUCUCCUCCCCGGAACAUAUGGAGCCUCCAAAAAAGCCUGAUAUUGCAAGAACUUACAGCACUGAUGAAUCCAGGGUCGAAAAGGUUAAGAAGCUGGAACUUGCAGCCAGAAAUAUCAAACCAGGAUGUGUAACUCUGGAUGAAUUAGAAGCCAAAGCAAAGGUAGAAAAAAACAGAGAGCACAGUGCUGCAUCAAAAUCACCCCAGAACAAUCACAAAAAAGAAAUUGAACAAGCCAUAGAGAAAUCAAAUUCAAUGCCUAAUUUGAGAGGAACGAUCACCGACUGCACAAAGAUUUCCAUGGUUCCUUCACUGUAUGGCCAAAUAUCUAGUUCGCGUAAUGAUCAUGCUACAGUGGAGAAUAGGAGGACAGCAACAAUUGAAACACUCCAAGGCCAAACAUCUAGCUCACAGAAUAAAAAUGCUGUGGUGGAGACUCUGCAAACACGAACAAUUGAACUAUCCCGUGGAUGUGGAGAUAUUCCCCUGGAGGAAAAGAAAAUCUUUGAUGGGAAUAAGUUUAACAGCUCAAAUGUCUUGCCCCUGAAAUGUAUGGAUCCUCUGGGAAAGCCUGCAACUGUAAGAAUUUAUAGCAAAGAUGAAAAGAGGAGUUUCUUAGAGGUCAAAAAGCAAGAACUCGCAGCCAGAAAUAUCAAACCAGAUUGUGUAUCAUUGGAUGACUCGGCCACCAAAGCGAAGUCCCAUAAUGAACAUGCUGUGCUAGUGGAUAAUCCACAGAUUGGAACAGUUGAACCACUCAAUGGAGUUGCUUCUCUGCACGAAAAGAAUGGCUUCAAUGAGAAUAAGUUUGACAGCUUACAUUUCUCCUCCACAAAACAUAUGGAGCUUCCAGGAGUAAGAAUUUACUGCAAAGGUGAAAAACCGAGAUUUGAAAAGUUUAGAAAGGAAGAUCUGCCAGCCAGAGAUAUCAAAUCAGUAUAUAUUCCUUUGGAUGGAUCAGCAGUCAUAGCAAAGCAUGACCAAGCAUCUGGGUUGCAUAAGGAUCAUAUUAUAGAGGAAAAUGGGCUAAUACAAACAAACAAAUUACUCGAUGUUGUUAUUCCUCUGGAGGGAAAGAAAGGUGGUUCCAAGAAUGAGUUCAACAGACGGCGGAUAGUCUCUACGAAAUGGACAGAGCAUCCAGAAAAGGCUGCAAAUGCAGGAAUUUCUUGCAAAUAUGAAGAUCCAAGGUUAGAAAAGCUCAAGAUGCCGGAAUUUUCAGCCAGAGAGAUAUCAAACCAGAAGGUUUACCUUUGGUUGAAUCAACAGCCAGAUCAAAGUCACAGAGGAGAAAGCAACAAGCACAGGGAGGAGACUGAACCAGCCAGAGAGAUAUCAAUUUCAGCAACUCCGUUAACUGGAUCAACAACCAAGCACGCAGAGAUUUAUGCCAAUCCUUCAACCUUUAAAAUCACAACGAGGUACAUACUUUAGUGAUACAAGCCUCUCGAUUAAUUUGUGGAUGUAUGAUCACUUGUAGCUUGUCUUCAUUUGGAUUGUCAUGCCUUGUACUUCGUUGUCAUCUGUAAUGGAAUGGAAACUCUUGCUAAAAAUCCAAUAUCUAGUUAACUUUCUCAACA